AUGCCUCUCCGAUCGCAUUUGUUCCCGGGGCGUUUUACAGUUUUUGAAGAUGAUGAUCCUUACAUCUGGGAUCAGAGAUUAAGAGAAGAAUGGUGGGAUGAUAUGCGAAUGUCCGGGCGGCAUUUUCGCAGACAACUCCGGCUAUUGUCAAAGUGGCGGGGUGAACCCCCUUCACUGCUGCCCGACCAGUCCCCAUCUUCGCAAGAUCCUGACAUGAAUCUGCCCCCAUCUUCUGGUGCUGCUAAACUUCAAAUUCUGAGUGCUCUUAAACGCGCCAAAGACCUCAAGCUCUGUCUCCGACGGAUUUGGGCUGUAGCAGCAAGUCUACCAGACAGAGAAAACAGUCUUCCAGCGCUUAUUCCGCUAUCUGACACGUUUUCUAUCCCUGGUCAUGAUCGAGAGCGUCACGAACAUGAGCAAUGCACCUUUGACUUCUGCGAACAGUCAAGAGUCGAUUUCACAUCCGUGAUUCAGCGUCAUGAGCCGCCAUGUAAUGGAGAAUGCAAGAAGAUUUUGUUUCCAUUGCAACAACUUGAUGAGCAGGUGACAAGCGGACAACCAACCGCCUGGAAAGCGAAUGAACCCUCGCUUCUAGAAGCCUCCAAACCAUAUAUGGCUGUUUCACAUGUCUGGUCAGACGGCACAGGCUCUGGAAUAUGGGGACCAGGCCAAGUGAACAAAUGUCUUUAUGACCUGUUCGGCGAAAUUGCCCAGAGCUUUCAGUGUGAAGGAUGCUGGUGGGAUACUAUCAGCAUACCGCUUGAAGAUAAGGCCCGCUCUAGAGCUCUUGGCAAUAUGCAUUCUAACUACAACAACUCGAGAAUCACCCUUAUUCAUGAUCUUUAUCUUCGUCAGUGGGAAUGGAUUGAUGCCGAGACCGCUUGUUUUGCUAUUGUUAUGUCACCAUGGUAUAGUAGGGGGUGGACCGCAUUGGAACUCGCCCAAUCUCACAAAGUCAAGAUCUUGUUUAAGGAAAACAACAACACUAGAGUAAUUAAAGAUCUCGACGUCGAUAUACUUGAUAAGGCUCCGGAGAAUCACGCCACAGCCAACGCCAUUCGAAAGCUUCGACAUGCUUCCAUAGACGAUUUUGGUACUUUACUGGCUAUUCUCGGUGCCCGAGAUACAUCCAAACCACGAGAUGUGCCCAUAAUCUCGGGUCUAUUAGCCGGAGUGGACGUUUCGGGCCGCCUUUCACAACAAGAGAUCUAUCAGAGAAUUCUUCGCAAAUUGGGUGGGAUUGCCCAAGGACAUCUCUUUCACAACUCUGCAACAAUGUCUGCCCCGGGAUUCAGUUGGUGCCCCACCAACAUUUUGGACAUGCCCAUGGCCCAAACUGACUCUGCUCCACUACGGAUCUGGGAGAACGGAGACAUUGAAGGUGUUUGGAGAGUACAAGCAAUAGACACUGUCAAAGUUGAGGACUUGAUCAUGAGAGGAACGCAUCCAUUAACUCAAGUGGCUCUCGAGUUAGCCUUUGGCGGAGAAAGUAUGAAGAAACACAUUCUCCUAUUAGAAACUUGUCAGCCAAAAUCUACUAGCAAUGAACACCGGGCACUGCUCGUGAGGAUUAUGGAGAGCAAUGGUGAGAUACAAGCCAAGGUUGUGGGACCAGUGUAUUUCCGCACAGGUCCGGACAGCCACAAGGAGAGUUCCAAGAAGUCGCCGCAAGUCAAUGUGAGAAUAGGUAGCACUGAUGGGCUGAAAGAUGUCACCGGCAGCGCAUGGGAUUACGUACAAAAAAGAAUCUUUGAGAUGAAUUCCAGCAGAAACGAAAUAGCAACUGGUCAUGUUCGGACGAGCACCAAGCCCGGUGCUUCAGCAACCGAGGAGUUUACUCUCCCUCAGAAUCAGAAGGCAAUCUUCUUCUCAAAAGAAGUAUCACUUGAUGAAUUAUUUGACAAGGGCCUCCAACAGCCACCAAACCCCAGAAGUUACGAGUCCGAAAGCGCGGACGAGACCGCAAUGUACUUCUACAGUGUUGCUAAAGAGACGGAUACACCUCCACGGGCACUUUUCUACGGAAAUAAGGGGUUGGUCAAAGAGUCCAGGAAUUGGCUCAAAAAUCCCGAGAAUUCUAACAUUGCCGAGACAAAGAGCGUAUUGCUGACUGUCGGAGAUGACCGUCAGCUGCAAAUUGACCAUGAACGCGAGGAUUGUGAGGCUUUAAAGAAGGAAUUGGCCGGAGAAGCGCUUUUAUGUGCGGUGGAAAUCGGCGGCGACACUAACGUGAGCAUGAAAGCGAUGAUCACUCUACUACUGGAUAUCAAGGCUUCACAUAACCGAAAUGGUUCAGGGCAGAGACCUUUGGAGGUGGCGAUAGAACGCAUGAGCUGGGAAAUCGCCCAAACGCUACUGGAGCACGAAUUAAAUUCGGCUCCUGUUGACCUCACCACUCUCGAGUUGGCUACAAGAUACCAGGACAAGCCUUCUACUCUGAGCCGCCUUUUAGUUCAAAGGUGCAAGGACGUCAACGAGAACGACAAGAUGCAGCAGCGAACUGCCUGGCACUACGCUACUGAGAGAGGAGAUCGCAGCAUGAUAGAAGCUCUCCUUGGGGCGGAACAAGCCAACCCGUAUACUCCAGAUAACAAGGGAAAGCUGGCAAUUCACUAUGCGGCAAGCAAAGGCAAGGAUAAUAUCCUGCGGCUAUUACUUCAACAUGCCAAAACGGAAUCUCUCCGUAAGGACACGCCUGUUGGAGAAUCUGAGGACAAGGCCAAUAGUACUGGUACAACCGAGAAUGGCACUUCCAACAACGAUAUCAGGAAUACGAGACCUCAAGAGAGUCGUUAUGUGGACAUGAGGGAUUCAAAAGGGCAGACGCCACUGCAUUUGGCAGCAAAGGCUGGCUAUAAACCUGCCGUAUCGACUCUUUUAGAAUUCGGAGCGAAUUCCAAUAGUAAGUCCUCGGAUGGGCAAACCCCUCUCCUGCUGGCGGUUGAGAGAAAGCACUCUCAAAUCGUGAAGUAUCUACUAGACUCCGACAAAGGGAACUACGAAGGGGAAGAACUCGAUGACGCUCUCUUCAUCGCUGCGAGCGGAAAAGAUGAAGAAGUCAUCAAAAAGCUUUAUGAGAAAGGAGCUCGUUACAAGCGCGGUCUGGUCACUGAUGGGAAAACAGCCUUGCACUGGGCAAUACACAUGGGACAUGAGACUAGUGCUGAACUUCUCGUCAACGAUUUAGAGGACGAAGAUGUUGAUGUCGAAGAUCCAACCAAGCAACAAUCGGCCCUUUUGAUGGCAUCAGAAAAGGGCAUGACCUCUGUAGUCGAACUGUUGCUCGCGAAACAUGCCAACAUUGAGCUUCUGGACUCCGAUAAGAGAACAGCACUGCACCUAGCCGCCAUGGGACCACAUCUCGAGACUAUAAAGAAAUUGCUCAAGUCAUCUAAGUGCCCUGUGAAUAAACAGGAUCGCCAGAAGCGUACACCUUUACACUGGGCAGCUCUCAAGGGAUCGACGGGUGCGAUAGAACUCCUUGCCAAGCAAGAAUAUUGCAAUACUACUUUCACGGAUGAAAGUGGGCGAACAGCUUUGGUAAUAGCCGCGGAAAUGGGCCUCCACGGCAUAGUAGAACUGCUACUUCAAGGUGGAAGCGGAGCAGAGGAGGCUCUCAAUGGCGCUGCCAGCAAUGGACGCAAAGAGGUUGUUCAAAAGAUUCUUCCCAAGAUCGAAAAAGACGAUGUCAAACAUAGGGCCUUGGAGCUGGGCGCAAGGGCGGGUCAUGUGUCGGUCUCAGUCACGCUGAAUGACAGCAUCAAGGACUCUAACUUGAAAGCUUCAACAUUUCGGAUGAUUCUGUUUGCUGCUGCCGCUCACCCAAGCCAAUUCGACUUUGAUGAUCUUAAGAAUCGCAUUGAAGAUCCCACUAUUCAGGAUGAUAAGAAACAAUCCUUACUAAUGGUCGCUAUUGCAAACGGACACACAAGACUAGUCAAACACCUUUGUUCUUUACACGACGUGGUUGAAUUGAGAGACAUAGAAGGAAGAACUGCUUUGAUGAUAGCAGCUCUUAACAAUGACGGGCGCUCAGUGCGGCUUCUACUGAAUCAAGGGGCUGACCCCUAUGUUCAGGACAAUAAGGGCCGUACAGCGCUUCAUCAUGCAAUCGAAAACGAGUGUUUCAACAGCUUUGCUGGACUUUUGGCCUUUUCUGAUCGUCAGCUCAGGACUAUCCAAGAUUCUGAAAACCGCACAGUUGUACAAAUUUCGCUUGAAAAGGCACGACAGUGGGAGCUAUCCACACAGGAUGCGAGAUUAAAACUAUCGCGUUUGGAAACAUUGACGAGUAUGUGUGUCUUUCUCAUCCGCCGUGGCAUACAGCCUGAAAUUCGAGACAAGAACAAGCGAAAUGCCUUACACUUGGCAGUUUCUUAUGACUUAGCCGAGAUCGCGUACCACCUCCUCCAAUCGAGACAGUCCGGACCACGAGUAAGUAAUCUGGACACGCAAGACGUGGAGGGCCGAACACCAUUGCUUUUGGCGGCUUCGAAGGGAUAUUAUUUUCUCAUAGAAUUGAUGCUCUCCGAAGGGUUCGAACCUAACACCAGAGAUGCAACUGACGAAACUCCGUUACUCCUAGCGUCUGAGAGGGGGAACUUUAGAGCGGUAGAAGCCUUGCUUGAGCACAAUGCGGAUCCCAAUGUUAGAAAUACGCAUGGCAGGACCGCUCUGUCGCAAGCAGCUCAAAACGGCUAUGACCGUCUUGUGCGUUGUCUUGUUGACAACAGUGAACGAAAAGUCGAGCUGAAUACCCAAGACAACAUGGGUCAAACAGCCUUGAUCUUGGCGGCCGAAAAUGGCCAUGAAGACAUUGUCAAUUUUCUGGUUGAUCAAAACGCUAACGCUGAUAUUACGGGAUACGACGGAAAGAAGGCCUGGCAGAAGGCUGUGGAUAAGGGCCAUGCAUCCGUGGUUGAGACCCUGCUCUCAAAAACGAUUUCUCCAGUCAGAGAUAGACAGGCUGUCAACGAAGCACUACUUCUGGCAUCUAGAAGAGGCUGGGGUGAUUUGGUCGGAGUCCUUCUGAAACAAGAGGUGGAUUUAACAUUUCAGAGUAAAGGUGAAGAGUUAACAGCGUUACACAUGGCGGCCAUGAACGGGCAUCAAGAGGUCCUCAGCAAGCUAACAGCCAAGGGUGUUGAAAUCGUGAUCAAGGACCUUAAUGGCCGCACCGCUCUAUUCCUAGCAACGGAGCAAGGCUUUCCGUCGAUUGUACGUCUUUUACUCGAGAGGAUGGAGAUCAAAAGUGACCUUGAAGCGUGGAUGGGCAAAGAGUCACUAUUAUUUGCAGCUGGCAAAGGCUAUGACGAAAUUGUCGACCUACUACUCAAGAGUGGAGUAGACUGCAAUGCUACCGAUGAAUCAGAUAAGAGUGCAAUGGCACUGGCUGCUGCUAACGGAAAAGAAGUCAUCGUUCAGAGUACGUACUUGCUUAGCCGAUGCCCCCAUCAACUACUCUUUAUAUUUAACUCCUGCUAUAUCAUCAUAUUCCCUUUACUCUCAUAUGGAUUGUUAACUAACAGGCAGCUCGUUGCAGUGCUUCUAAAACGAGGAGCCAGUUGGUCCAUCAAGGACAGGAAUCAGAGAACGGCAUUGCACCACGCGGCCUGGGGAGGUCACCACAGAAUUGUCGAAAGCAUAUUGAAUUAUAAGCCGGCCACAGUUAAUGAGAAUAGCGGCGUGGGAACAGUCUUUCACGAAACAGUAGUCCCCAAGGUCGAAGUUAGAGUCGAUUCCGGUGGCGCCGAUAACCUAGGACAAUCAGCCCUACAUCUAGCAGCGGAAAGGGCAUCAGUGAUGACAGUUCAGAAGCUUGUUCGUCAUUAUGUUAAUGUCAAUGCAAGGUGCGAAGACGGCCAGACAGUCCUACACCGGGCAGCCUGGGGGGGUUCGAGGGAAGUGGUGGAUCUGUUGCGGAGAAGUGGCGCGGACCCUUUUAUCCGCGACAACCAGGGCAAGAAGCCAUGGCAUAUUGCAGCUGAGAAGGGCCACCAAGAUAUUGCUGUGGAGCUACUAAAGGAAGAACUCGAUGUUGCCGACGACUGCAUCCUCGACCAAAAAGGGCUUAUCUUUGCAGCUCGAAUGGGCUACACCGAUAUUGCACUCACCCUGUUGAAGCUUAAUGCCGAGUCUAAUGUCAAAGAUGAGCGUAAAAGAACGCCAUUACACUGGGCAGCCUCACGCGGCGAUGAUAAGUUGACAGAAGAGCUCAUUGCUCACGGCGAGGUUUUAAUCAAUGCGUUAGACCAUGAACGGCGUACAGCUCUUUGCCUUGCUAUUCGCAAUGGUUGCACGACCACGGUCAAGAUUCUGCUUCAGAAGGGUAUCAACCCAAAUAUUCCUGACUCAGAACGCCAAACCGCGCUGCACCAUGCGGCACAGAGAGGAAAUGAGGAGAUCACUCAGAUUUUGUUGGAUCACAAUGCCGAUCCUCACAUUUAUGAUAAUAACCAUGUGAGGCCGUGGCAGCUAGCCGCCGACAAGGGCUAUCACCAAGUGGUGCGGUUACUUCUAACGAAGGAGAUUAACCUUUGUAAGAAAGUCCAGAGGCGAGAGGAAGUAUUUCUGAAAAUGGUGAAGCAGGAUCUUGUUCCCAUGGUACAACUAUUUCUUGGCCUUGAGGUGGACAAGGACGUCAAGGAUCCUUUCGGUCGAACGGCUAUUGCUCUUGCUGCCAAGCACGGUUCCAGCAAUGUUCUCCGGCUACUUCUCUCCAACGAUGCAGACCUAAGUAUCGCGGAUUCACGGAGACAAACAGCAUUCCUGUGGGCGGCAGAGGCCAAAGACACCAAGAUUUUGAGUCUACUUGUGGAUAAGAUCAAAAGCGACCAGAACCUCAAUACAGAACAACGACAAGAAAUCGUAAAUCACCAAGAUGCGAAGGGAAUGACAGCACUGCUCAUUGCAAUAGAGAGGGACAACGACAAAGUAGUGAAGCUACUCCUUGAAAAGUGCGGGGAAUUCAUCAACGUCAACAUACCAGAUGCAACGGAAAGGACCGCCUUACAAUUAGCAGCAGAGACGGGCAAAGAUAACUGGGUUCAGCUUUUGUUGAAACGCCAGGCUGAUGCAGGACUUAAGGACAGUUUCGGGCGGACAGCGCUACUUCUUGCAGUGGAGCAGGGACAUAUGGAAGUGGUGAAGACCCUGCUCAAAGCAUCAGAGAACCACGUUGAUGAUGCCGACAAGCAGAAUCGGACACCCUUGCAUGCGGCUACAUACCUGGGCAACCAAGAUAUGGUAAAGGCGCUACUAGAGGGAAAGGCUAAUCCACUCAUGAAAGACGACCGCCAACGCUUAGCGCUGUUGCUGGCGGCUGAGAAUGGCGACGAAGCCAUUGUCAGGCUGUUACUAGAAAGCCACAAUCACCCCCCGGACGAGUCCCAGGAGUGCAAGGAUCAGGAUGGGCGCACUCCACUGUUGUUGGCCGUAGCUAAUGGGCACAGAGCUGUUGUCGAAAGGCUACUUGAACACUUUGGCGCUGAUUUCACCAUUGAGAGAGAAACCGGCAAUCGCUUGCUGCAACUAGCAGUAGAGAGCGGUAAUAAAGAUGUUGUAUUGCUAGUAGCACAGAGGUUGCCGAAGGUAGAAUGA